CGAAGAACAGCAACCGCGAGGACCCUUCUCCCCAUCCUCUCCAAAGAAUCUCCCCUACACAAACACAACAAGCAAGGGGGAGGGAGAGAGGGAGGAGAGAGGCGGCGGCCGGCGGGGAGCUGGCAGGCCUGCAGCGCGCGCGCGCGGGGGCAGCUAGCUCCAUCCGCCGGCAAACGGCGCCCCUGAUCGAGCCGUAGGCGCGGUAAAAGGCACGCCUUUUUCUGCCUUGGGGGGUCGCGCGGCGCGAGCCGAUGGGGUUCGAGGGGGCGGCCGGCGGGAUGGGCGGAGGGGUCCGGGCGCUGAUGCGCCGGAAGCAGGUGGACUCCGAGCGGGCGCGCCCCGCCGGCAGCAGCAACCAGCUCCGCAAGGAGCUCUCCGUCGCCCAGCUCAUCACCAUCGGUGUUGGUUCAACGAUUGGAGCUGGGGUGUAUGUUCUUGUUGGGACAGUUGCUCGGGAGCAUUCUGGGCCAGCAUUGACUCUUUCAUUUCUGAUAGCCGGAAUAGCCGCUGCACUAUCAGCGUUCUGUUAUGCAGAGCUUGCAAGCCGCUGCCCAUCUGCAGGAAGUGCCUACCAUUAUUCAUACAUCUGCGUUGGUGAAGGAGUUGCAUGGUUGAUUGGUUGGGCUCUGAUACUUGAAUAUACAAUUGGUGGGUCAGCUGUCGCCCGUGGCAUAUCUCCCAAUUUAGCCCUAUUUUUCGGAGGAGCUGAUAGUCUGCCAUGGAUCUUAGCUCGACACGAGAUCCCAUGGCUUGAUGUUGUUGUUGAUCCUUGUGCUGCCUUCCUUGUUUUCCUUGUCACUGGUCUGCUAUGUGUGGGGAUCAAAGAGGUUGCUACCUUCUCUGAUUCAGCAAGAGUUAUCACUCCUUUUUCUGAGAAUAUGGCACUUGAUCUUUCCUCUCUGUUUUUUUUUCAGAGUUCAUUUGUGCAAGGAGUUGUGACAGUCCUGAAUUGCUUUGUGAUGCUAUUUGUUAUUAUUGCUGGUAGUUACAUCGGCUUUCAAACAGGAUGGGUUGGCUACAAGGUUGCCGGCGGAUUUUUCCCUUUUGGAGCAAAUGGAAUGCUUGCUGGGUCAGCAACUGUCUUCUUCGCCUACAUAGGCUUUGAUUCAGUUGCCAGCACUGCUGAGGAGGUGAAAAAUCCGCAACGAGAUCUGCCAUUGGGAAUCGCAACAGCAUUGUCGAUAUGCUGUUCCUUGUACAUGUUGGUUUCAGUUGUUAUUGUUGGUCUUGUACCAUACUUUGCUAUGGACCCAGAUACCCCUAUUUCAUCUGCCUUUGCAAAACAUGGGAUGCACUGGGCAAUGUAUCUGGUAACAACUGGUGCUGUUCUUGCUCUUUGUUCAACCUUGAUGGGAUCUAUAUUGCCACAGCCAAGAAUAUUGAUGGCCAUGGCACGAGAUGGCCUGUUACCAUCAUUCUUCUCUGAUGUCCACAAGACGACACAAGUUCCAGUCAAAAGCACAAUCGUCACUGGCAUCUGCGCAGCUUCUCUCGCUUUCUUCAUGGAUGUCUCUCAACUGGCUGGCAUGGUCAGUGUUGGCACGCUCCUAGCCUUCACUACAGUUGCUGUGUCCAUCUUGAUUCUCAGGUAUGUUCCUCCAGAUGAGGUACCCCUGCCAUCUUCCCUGCAAGCAUCAUUCCGUCGGAGCCACGAAAAUGAUGAGGAAAAGCUGAGGGAUACUCUUGGAUAUGAGGAUCAUGAAGAAGGGGCAUCUGAGAUUAGUGAUGUUGUAGUAGAAUCAAUUAAGGACCCCCUUAUUGAGAAGCAGCUAUAUGCAAGCAAGUUGGAUGAGACAAAGCGGCGCAAGACUGCUGCUUGCAGCAUUGCAUCUGUCUGCAUAGGGGUUCUGGUUCUCACAACUUCAGCCUCUGCGACAUUCUUGCCCUUCCUGGUGCGAUGCUUUGUUUGUGCUUUUGGUGGCCUGCUCCUCCUAACUGGUCUGGGCAUGCUCUGCUGGAUUGACCAAGAUGACGGGAGGCAUUCCUUUGGUCAUUCUGGAGGAUUCAUCUGCCCAUUCGUUCCAUUGCUGCCAGUGAUGUGUAUCCUGAUAAACACAUACUUACUGAUAAAUCUGGGUGGUGGCACAUGGAUGCGAGUGGGGGUGUGGCUGGUGAUGGGGGUGUUUGUGUACAUUUUCUAUGGGCGCACCCACAGCUCAUUGACGGAUGUCGUGUACAUCCCUGUUGCUGAUGCGAAUGAGAUAUACGGGUCAUCAUCUGCGUCAGGGUUUGUGGCCUAAGGGGAGAUGGAAGGAGACAUUGUAGAAGCCUAUCUUUAGCUAUUACAUGCUCCAGGGUAGUUUCUGCAGAACCUUGAGGAAUCAGACUGGAGCAGAUCCCAGCUUGAGCAAUAUGCAUUGCAGGCGGGUUUGAAGAAUUCAAUUUAUACGUCAAUUUUUUUAAAUGUGCAUGUGUAAAUUGUAAUGCACGUCUAUGCUUGUGUGCCUCUAUUGGAGGAAUGUAAAUAUUACAUAGAUUGUAGGUGUGAUUGUUAUGAAGGUUUUUGGCAAAAGGGUGUUGCUCUAGGAAUUUGUACGGUUAGUAAAAAUAUGUUCCAAAUUCAAAGGUGGAGUUAUAAUCUCCAACCCAAAUAGGGCUGAGUGUAAGGUCUAUAAUGUGCUAAAAGCCCCGAACACGUUUUAUACCAUAAUGGACAAUACCAAGUUGUCUUGUAGGAGGCAACUCCACUACA